AUGCACGUGAUCUGCGCCCACUUGUUCCAUUUGCUGCCCUCGGCCUUCCUUGAUGUGUUUUUGUAUUGCACGAAACAAAAGCCAAUAAUGUUGAAAAUCAGCCGAAAGUUCUACAGUGCGUUAGAUGCGGGUAAAUUUUUUUCAACCAACGAAUGGGAUUUUAAGACUUCGACGAUGGCAGCACUGGUCAGCGCCGUUCGCGAUGCAGAAGAUGGCGCCAAUUUUGAAAUUGACAUGACAGCGGAGAACGGCUUCAAUUGGAACUUUUACCUUAAGGAUUUUACGCUAGGAGUGAGGCAGUAUGUGCCCAAGGACGACAUUAGCAGUCUACCAAGUGCCAAAGUCAAACUAAACAGGUUGUAUUGGUUCCAAAAGGUGUUCCAAGCUGUCACGAUAUACUCUAUAGUCAAAUUGGCACUUCAUCAAUGCACUUAG